AUGGUCCUGUAUGGAAAGCAAAUUUUGGAUGGAUUACGAUAUCUUCACGAGCAAAAAAUCGUGCAUCGUGACAUAAAAGGCGACAAUGUGCUGGUGAAUACGUAUAGUGGAGUGUGCAAAAUCAGUGAUUUUGGCACAUGUAAGCGACUUGCAGGGUUAAAUCCAGUUACUGAAACGUUCACAGGAACGUUGCAAUAUAUGGCACCAGAGGUAAUCGAUCAUGGUCAGCGGGGCUAUGGUGCGCCAGCUGAUAUAUGGAGCUUUGGAUGUACAAUGGUUGAAAUGGCAACGGGAAGACCGCCAUUUGUUGAGAUGCAAAACCCGCAAGCAGCAAUGUUCAGGGUGGGAAUGUUCAAGACACAUCCACCUUUGCCUCAGGAUAUCUCCGAAAAAUGUCGGCACUUCAUCAAGAGAAUUUCUCGUACUCGUAGCGGGUCGAUGAAUAAGAAACAUAUGGAACACGUCAAACAUCGAGGUAAUUUUCUUUAUCAUUUUGAUGUUGUGCGAAUGCUGUAA